CACUGACUAACACAAGACAAGUGUUCAGAGUCUGCACACAGCAGAAACCGUGUGGCUGGCAGAGCGCGCUGGAGCAGCCGGGACUGUACGCAAGUGAAGCUAACGGCACCUGGCUUUAUAUUGCUACCAGUAUUUUAUAACACUAUAUAGUCAUCGACAGAUAGAAGGAGGGCUGGCUGGAGCAAACAGAAGGGACGAUUAAAGUGAGACGCCAGCAAACAGAGGAGCUCUUAGGUCUGAACCGAAGGAUGUACUGCUUGUGUCUGCUCGUCAGUUAGAUACAGUGGACUCCCCCUGGAUAUAAGCAACUCUGCCAUUCCGUGUCGUCCCACCAGGCUGGAAGGCUAUUUGAUCGCUGGAUCAUUAAAGCUCGCAAGACGAAACCAGGGCAGAAGUAAAAGCCCACAAUUCUGAAUACAGCUCAGCUUUAAUGAAGAAGCAUCAAAUCUGCUAACCAUCUCACUAAAGGGGACACAAGACCCUGAAAACUAAGCAUGGGGUCGCCAUGGAAACCGCUUCUCCUCUUGUCAGUCAUUGGAGGCCUUUCAGAAUUUUGUGAAGCCGUUGCUGGGCGGCCUGUCUCGUAUGCUGCUUUUUUAAGAAUUAAGCCGGACAGUUCAUCUGCUUUUCUCAAUUCAAAGAGCAGACCUCGCUACUCCAGUCACCGGUCUUCAGCAUCGAAUGGGUGGCAGGCACUCUCCAAUCAACAUUUGUCUUCAAAGAAUGCAUUCUAUCUUUCUGAUGCUUUGCAACAGGAUGAAACUCAGGAGUUUGGGCCUGCAUUUCUUCAGGAACCUGACAACACCAUCUUUGCUCUUGGUUCUGAAGAGAAGAAGGUUACUUUAAACUGUGAAGCCCGAGGAAACCCACCCCCGAUGUACAGAUGGCUUUUCAAUGGAACGGAAAUAGACAUCACCAUUGAUUACCGAUACAGUCUCAUCGACGGCAACUUGAUUAUCAUGAAUCCCAAUGAAGUGAGGGAUUCUGGGAAAUACCAGUGCUUGGUCACGAACAGCUUUGGUACCAUCAUCAGCAGGGAUGCCAUGCUGCAGUUUGCUUAUCUCGGGAACUUCAGUGGGCGGACGAGAGGAGCGGUGUCAGUGCGUGAGGGACAGGGGGUGGUCCUGAUGUGCUCUCCGCCACCUCAUGCUCCAGAGAUCACACACAGCUGGGUUUUUAACGAAUUCCCCUUAUUUGUGGCCGAGGACAGCCGUCGAUUCAUCUCCCAGGUAACAGGGAACCUAUACAUCUCCAAAGUGCAGCCCUCAGAUGUCGGCAGCUACAUCUGUCUGGUGAAGAACACUGUGACCAGCGCCAGGGUGCUGAGCCCUCCGACACCACUGACAUUGAAAACAGACGGUAUAAUGGGAGAAUAUGAGCCUAAAAUUGAGGUUCAUUUUCCGUUGACAGUUACUGCUGCCAAGGGGGUCACUGUAAAGCUGGAGUGCUUUGCUUUAGGGAACCCUGUUCCCACGAUCUCGUGGAGGAAGGUGAACGGGAACAUACCCAACAAGGCGAGGUUGCGUAAGUCCCAGGCCGUCCUGGAGAUCCCAAACGUGCAGUUGGACGACUCUGGGACGUACGAGUGCAAAGCAGAGAACUCUCGAGGAAAGAACAUCUUCCGAGGGCAGCUCCAGGUGUACACUUAUCCUCAGUGGAUUUGGAUGAUUAAUGAUACCCAGCUAGACAGCGGAGAGCAGCUCCAUUGGGACUGCAAGGCUACAGGGAAGCCACGACCCAGCUACCGCUGGCUCUGGAACGGUGCACCGCUGCUGUCACGGAACAGAACGGAGAUGGUCAAUGGUGAGCUGCUGAUAAAGAGUCUACAUCAGUCGGAUGCUGGGAUGUACCAGUGUGUGGCAGAGAAUAAACACGGAGCCAUUUAUUCCAGUGCAGAGUUGAAGAUUUUAGCUUCUGCUCCCAGUUUCCAGUCAAUCCCAGAAAGGAAAAUAGUCACAGCGAUUGUUGGUAAAGAUAUCAUUCUUGAGUGUAAACCUCAAGCAUCUCCAAAACCAGACAUCACCUGGAAAAAAGGAGACCGGAGAAUUCCUCCAAACAAGAGGAUUUCAGUUGUGGAGGAUAACAGUCUCAGGAUUGUGAAUUCUACCAAAUCCGACGAGGGCAGCUAUGUAUGCCGAGGGGAGAAUCAGUUUGGCUCAGCUGAGAUGACAACUACAGUGCGGGUGAAAGAGCCCACACGGAUGCAGCUUGCACCGACCCGAAUGGAGGUUACAGUGGGUGAAAGUGUGGUCCUCAACUGCAAGGCCUUUCACGACCCCUCCCUGGAUGUGUCGUUUCUAUGGUUACAGAACAGAGAGCCUAUCAACUUUCACAAAGAGGGAGGACAUUUUGAAAACAUUGGUGCACAGGCCUCCUCUGCUGAUCUAAUGAUCAGAAACAUCCUUCUAAAGCACGCUGGGUGGUAUGGCUGCCGGGUUCAAACCAGUGCCGACUCACUGAUGUCGGAAGCUGAGCUGCUUGUAAGAGGUCCUCCGGGCCCUCCAGGGAUUGUGAUUGUGGAAGAAAUCACAGAUACCACUGCAACACUCUCCUGGAGUUGUGGGGUAGAUAAUCACAGUCCAAUCAGCACCUAUAAUUUACAGGCUAGGAGCCCUUUUUCAUUAGGAUGGCAGACUGUGAAAACAGAGCCUGAUCCUGUCACUGGAGAUAUGGAAUCGGCUAUGGCAGUGGAUCUGAACCCCUGGGUAGAAUAUGAAUUCCGGGUGGUAGCGAGUAAUGGUAUUGGGACAGGAGACCCAAGUGCCCCCUCUAGGGUUGUCAGAACCAAUGAAGCAGUUCCAUCAGUGGCCCCAGCAAAUGUGAGUGGGGGAAGUGGCCGGAGACAUGAACUGGUUAUAACUUGGGAGCCAGUGUCAGAAGAAUUUCAGAACGGUGAAGGCUUUGGGUACAUUGUGGCUUUCAGAGCCAAUGGCACGCGAGGAUGGAAAGAGAAAAUGGUGACAUCAGCAGACGCCUCAAAGUUCAUCUACCGGGAUGAGACUGUCCCCCCUCUGACUCCCUUUGAGGUGAAGGUCGGAGUUUAUAACAACAAAGGGGACGGGCCCUUCAGCAACAUUGUCACAGUCUACUCAGCCGAGGGAGAACCCAGGGAAGCCCCUUCGGAUGUUAAAGCUGCCAGUGUGUCUUCCUCUGAGAUCAUGGUAGUAUGGAGGCCUCCAAAUCUAGCCCCAGGAAGACCAAAGAAUUAUGAGGUGAACUAUUGGAAGGACAUGGAGCAGGAAGAAUCUGGGCAGAGAAUGAAAACCCCUGGAAAUGAAACAUCCAUCUUACUGACAGGGUUAGAGGGAAACACCUUGUAUCACAUCACCGUGAAGGGCUACAACAGUGCCGGCCAGGGGCCAGCAAGCACAGCUGUGCGUGCAAAAACCAAGAAAUCACCUCCCAGUCAAGCACCUGGCAAUCUCAUGGGGAUACAAGAUGGAGAUCGCGUGUCACUUGGAUGGGAGGCAGUCAAGCCUCUUGACAAUGAAUCGGAUGUGAUGGGGUACAAGGUCUUGUUUAGACAAGAGGGCCAGAGCAGCAGUGAGGUGAUUGAGACGAACAUCUCCUCUGCCGUGGUUCCACUGUCAGAUGGAGGGAUUUAUAUCAUUGAGGUGCGAGCAUUCAGCGAGGGAGGAGAGGGAACAGCCAGCUCACAAAUCAGAGUACCUGUAUCGUCAGGUGUCAGAGUUCCAAACCACCAAAGUUCUGUGCACAGUAUAUCCACUUGUUCAGCAACAGUGACCAUUCUCUUAGUUUUUGUCAUUCCUUCAGCAUCAUGGUGAGAGAGGUUGACCAGCUCUAAAGACAGUACUGGGGUGGACCUCUUUAUACCCGAAGAAGAAGCUGGCUUGCUUGGCCUUAUCCACUGCAGACCCGGAAGCAUAGCAUUGGGGACAGCCUGCUAAAAAGGAGGUGUCAGAAAAGUCAUUUCUUCCCUGUUUUUUCCCCUGGUCUUUCCAAUAUCGUUUUAGCAUUGUACUGCACAUUGUGUGGAAACAGUUAUUGGUUCCGGUAAACUAGCUUUUGCAUUUCCCUCUCAUCAGAUGAACUACAAAUCCCGUGCUUAGAUUUGAAGCCCAGUCAAAUGGUCUGUUAAAACUACUGUACUUUUAAAAUGAUUGUCUUGAGGCUUUUUAAAAUGGCUCUCUUUGUCCGUGAGUUGUAUUGUUUCCCCUUAGCUCUGAGAAACAGAAGGAGGAGGAACUCUUUAGAAACAAGUGCAUUGUUUUCUUAUUCAAAAAAAAGUAAGAUUUUGUAUCGUAUAAGAGGUCUAACUAUUUAAAAAUUCACUUUUUGUACUUUGUGUUACCUUUAGUAAGUGAUGUGCGUACUGGCUACUUUAACAUUGUGUUUCUCUAAUAGCCAAUGACACUAGGUAAGCCUGGCGAAACCAAUGACUAAGGACUGCUGGAUAAAGAACUGUUACCUAUAGUGCCCCAAUUAGAAGACAGUGACAUGACUCUGUGGCAAAGCUUAUGAUGUCUCAAAAUACCAAUAAAUGUGCUGUUUAUUUUUAAUUGGAUGACAAUGCCUUUUCUUUAAAAAAAAAAACAAAAAAAACAA